AUGAUGGCGACGCCGGAAGAGAAAAAACUGUCGGAAGAGCACUCGAGACGCCUUAACGAGGCAUAUAAAGAGUUGGCGGAUCCGUUUAAACGAGCGAAAUAUUUAAUAAAGAAAUACGGCGAGAAUCCCGAUGAAAAGAUUCAGAAUACGGAGAUUCUGAUGGAAAUGUUGGAGAGAAAUGAGGAAAUUGAUGGGAUGAGUGGGGAGGCGGAGUUGAAGGAGGAGAGGGACAGGAUUGAGAAAGAAAUCGACGAUCAACUCAACCAACUCGGCGUAUAUUUCGAAUCGAAGAAAAUUCCAGAAGCACGGGACGUAAUUGGACGACUAACCUAUCUAUACUCGCUGAAGAAUACUGUUAACACUAAAUUAGGCUUAAAUUAG